AGUAUUGAGGGGACUGGAGUAAACAGGAUGUACAGGAUCUAAAGAGACUUGAACUAGCUGGGAGCCACAAGUCAUCAUGGUUAUCCUGCUGGUCCCCACACUGAAGAUUGUCCUCCUCUUAGCUGCUGUGUGGAGUGAGCGUACAGCAGAGUUGAUCACAGUUGAAGGAUAUGAGGGGGGCAAGGCAGAGAUCAGAUGCCCCUAUAGAGAGGAGUGGAGGAGCCACCAGAAGUACCUCUGCAAAGGGGUUUGUACUGUUUUUAAUAAAGACAAAGUUAUUAAGACUGAGGCGGGGGAAAACAGUGCUUCUAAAUGGAGAUACUCGCUGAAGGACAACAGAGAGGAAAGCGUCUUCAUUGUGACCAUCACCAACCUGACGUUAAACGAUGCUGGGAGAUACUGGUGUGGAGAGGACAAAUGGGGACAAGAUAACUACAUUAAAGUCAACCUUGAAGUCUCUGAAGCUGACUCCACAGCACCCAGGGUCAACACAGACACUCGGAUCAACAUAGAGGGUUGUCAUGGGGAUGGUGACUAUGAGGAAAUAAAGGACCGCCCCCUACAGUCCAGUUCAGGUAGUGAGACCACCUCCAUCUACUCCACCGCAAAAUUACCCACAAGCCCCUCUAACUCUCUCAACUACGCCAACGUCAACUUCCACAAGAACCCCAGCUGCCCCAAUGAAGCCACUGCCGCCAUCGCUAAAAAGGGCACUUUUUCUGGUGACUAUGCCACUGUCAGCGUAAGUCAAAACCCUGCCUACUCUACUGUCAAUCAUCCACACAGCUCCUCUGAGGCUCCUCCCAUCUACUCCACAGUGAGCAAAUCCAGAGACACCUGAGUCACUGACAACCAAUCACAAGGGACAUACACUCACUGGCAAGCCUCUUGAACAUUGAGCUCUGUUUUUAGCAGACAGCUGCAUAAUGUGCUUCAUGUCCUCACAAUCAGAUGUGUUUCCCUGACUUCUCUCUUCCAUCAGAUGUGUUACCCUGACUUCUCUCUUCAAUCAGAUGUGUUUCCCUGACUUCUCUCUUCCAUCAGAUGUGUUUCCCUGACUUCUCUCUUCCAUCAGAUGUGUUUCCCUGACUUCUCUCUUCCAUCAGAUGUGUUUCCCUGACUUCUCUCUUCCAUCAGAUGUGUUACCCUGACUUCUCUCUUCAAUCAGAUGUGUUACCCUGACUUCUCUCUUCCAUCAGAUGUGUUUCCCUGACUUCUCUCUUCCAUCAGAUGUGUUUCCCUGACUUCUCUCUUCCAUUAGAUGUGUUACCCUGACUUCUCUCUUCAAUCAGAUGUGUUUCCCUGACUUCUCUCUUCCAUCAGAUGUGUUUCCCUGACUUCUCUCUUCCAUCAGAUGUGUUACCCUGACUUCUCUCUUCCAUCAGAUGUGUUUCCCUGACUUCUCUCUUCCAUCAGAUGUGAUUCCCUGACUUCUCUCUUCCAUCAGAUGUGUUUCCCUGACUUCUCUCUUCCAUCAGAUGUGUUUCCCUGACUUCUCUCUUCCAUCAGAUGUGUUACCCUGACUUCUCUCUUCCAUCAGAUGUGUUUCCCUGACUUCUCUCUUCCAUCAGAUGUGUUACCCUGACUUCUCUCUUCCAUCAGAUGUGUUUCCCUGACUUCUCUCUUCAAUCAGAUGUGUUUCCCUGACUUCUCUCUUCCAUCAGAUGUGUUUCCCUGACUUCUCUCUUCCAUCAGAUGUGUUUCCCUGACUUCUCUCUUCCAUCAGAUGUGUUUCCCUGACUUCUCUCUUCCAUCAGAUGUGUUACCCUGACUUCUCUCUUCCAUCAGAUGUGUUUCCCUGACUUCUCUCUUCAAUCAGAUGUGUUUCCCUGACUUCUCUCUUCCAUCAGAUGUGUUACCCUGACUUCUCUCUUCCAUCAGAUGUGUUACCCUGACUUCUCUCUUCCAUCAGAUGUGUUUCCCUGACUUCUCUCUUCCAUCAGAUGUGUUUCCCUGACUUCUCUCUUCCAUCAGAUGUGUUACCCUGACUUCUCUCUUCUAUCAGAUGUGUUACCCUGACUUCUCUCUUCCAUCAGAUGUGUUACCCUGACUUCUCUCUUCCGUCAGAUGUGUUUCCCUGACUUCUCUCUUCCAUCAGAUGUGUUUCCCUGACUUCUCUCUUCCAUCAGAUGUGUUUCCCUGACUUCUCUCUUCCAUCAGAUGUGUUACCCUGACUUCUCUCUUCAAUCAGAUGUGUUUCCCUGACUUCUCUCUUCCAUCAGAUGUGUUUCCCUGACUUCUCUCUUCAAUCAAAUGUGUUUCCCUGACUUCUCUCUUCCAUCAGAUGUGUUUCCCUGACUUCUCUCUUCCAUCAAAUGUGUUUCCCUGACUUCUCUCUUCCAUCAGAUGUGUUUCCCUGACUUCUCUCUUCCAUCAGAUGUGUUUCCCUGACUUCUCUCUUCCAUCAGAUGUGUUUCCCUGACUUCUCUCUUCCGUCAGAUGGGUUUCCCUGACUUCUCUCUUCCAUCAGAUGUGUUUCCCUGACUUCUCUCUUCCAUCAGAUGUGUUUCCCUGACUUCUCUCUUCCAUCAGAUGUGUUACCCUGACUUCUCUCUUCAAUCAGAUGUGUUUCCCUGACUUCUCUCUUCCAUCAGAUGUGUUUCCCUGACUUCUCUCUUCAAUCAAAUGUGUUUCCCUGACUUCUCUCUUCCAUCAGAUGUGUUUCCCUGACUUCUCUCUUCCAUCAAAUGUGUUUCCCUGACUUCUCUCUUCCAUCAAAUGUGUUUCCCUGACUUCUCUCUUCCAUCAGAUGUGUUUCCCUGACUUCUCUCUUCCAUCAGAUGUGUUUCCCUGACUUCUCUCUUCAAUCAGAUGUGUUUCCCUGACUUCUCUCUUCCAUCAGAUGUGUUUCCCUGACUUCUCUCUUCCAUCAGAUGUGUUUCCCUGACUUCUCUCUUCCAUUAGAUGUGUUACCCUGACUUCUCUCUUCAAUCAGAUGUGUUUCCCUGACUUCUCUCUUCCAUCAGAUGUGUUUCCCUGACUUCUCUCUUCCAUCAGAUGUGUUACCCUGACUUCUCUCUUCCAUCAGAUGUGUUUCCCUGACUUCUCUCUUCCAUCAGAUGUGAUUCCCUGACUUCUCUCUUCCAUCAGAUGUGUUUCCCUGACUUCUCUCUUCCAUCAGAUGUGUUUCCCUGACUUCUCUCUUCCAUCAGAUGUGUUACCCUGACUUCUCUCUUCCAUCAGAUGUGUUUCCCUGACUUCUCUCUUCCAUCAGAUGUGUUACCCUGACUUCUCUCUUCCAUCAGAUGUGUUUCCCUGACUUCUCUCUUCAAUCAGAUGUGUUUCCCUGACUUCUCUCUUCCAUCAGAUGUGUUUCCCUGACUUCUCUCUUCCAUCAGAUGUGUUUCCCUGACUUCUCUCUUCCAUCAGAUGUGUUUCCCUGACUUCUCUCUUCCAUCAGAUGUGUUACCCUGACUUCUCUCUUCCAUCAGAUGUGUUUCCCUGACUUCUCUCUUCAAUCAGAUGUGUUUCCCUGACUUCUCUCUUCCAUCAGAUGUGUUACCCUGACUUCUCUCUUCCAUCAGAUGUGUUACCCUGACUUCUCUCUUCCAUCAGAUGUGUUUCCCUGACUUCUCUCUUCCAUCAGAUGUGUUUCCCUGACUUCUCUCUUCCAUCAGAUGUGUUACCCUGACUUCUCUCUUCUAUCAGAUGUGUUACCCUGACUUCUCUCUUCCAUCAGAUGUGUUACCCUGACUUCUCUCUUCCGUCAGAUGUGUUUCCCUGACUUCUCUCUUCCAUCAGAUGUGUUUCCCUGACUUCUCUCUUCCAUCAGAUGUGUUUCCCUGACUUCUCUCUUCCAUCAGAUGUGUUACCCUGACUUCUCUCUUCAAUCAGAUGUGUUUCCCUGACUUCUCUCUUCCAUCAGAUGUGUUUCCCUGACUUCUCUCUUCAAUCAAAUGUGUUUCCCUGACUUCUCUCUUCCAUCAGAUGUGUUUCCCUGACUUCUCUCUUCCAUCAAAUGUGUUUCCCUGACUUCUCUCUUCCAUCAGAUGUGUUUCCCUGACUUCUCUCUUCCAUCAGAUGUGUUUCCCUGACUUCUCUCUUCCAUCAGAUGUGUUUCCCUGACUUCUCUCUUCCGUCAGAUGGGUUUCCCUGACUUCUCUCUUCCAUCAGAUGUGUUUCCCUGACUUCUCUCUUCCAUCAGAUGUGUUUCCCUGACUUCUCUCUUCCAUCAGAUGUGUUACCCUGACUUCUCUCUUCAAUCAGAUGUGUUUCCCUGACUUCUCUCUUCCAUCAGAUGUGUUUCCCUGACUUCUCUCUUCAAUCAAAUGUGUUUCCCUGACUUCUCUCUUCCAUCAGAUGUGUUUCCCUGACUUCUCUCUUCCAUCAAAUGUGUUUCCCUGACUUCUCUCUUCCAUCAAAUGUGUUUCCCUGACUUCUCUCUUCCAUCAGAUGUGUUUCCCUGACUUCUCUCUUCCAUCAGAUGUGUUUCCCUGACUUCUCUCUUCAAUCAGAUGUGUUUCCCUGACUUCUCUCUUCCAUCAGAUGUGUUUCCCUGACUUCUCUCUUCCAUCAGAUGUGUUUCCCUGACUUCUCUAUUCAAUCAGAUGUGUUUCCCUGAUGUCUCUCUUCAACUUGUCUUUAUGUCAUUUAAUUGCAUGUUCAUAUCUACAGAUAAAUAUUGUCUCACUAUUUGGCAAGCACUGAAAAAGGUAUCACACCUUUUUGACCAAGGCAUUAUUAUAACUGUUAAAUAACCGUUUUUUUUUUACACAUUUAUAAAUGAUUAAAUAACCAUUAAUGAUGUCAUGAUAACUCCUUAUAAAGGGUGCAUUUAAAAACACACAUUUUUAGCUUGGCCUUUAACCAGUGAUUGUUUUAGACAUGCUCUGUGUUUUAUGUUCUUUAAUUCAUCAUUUUUACUGCUUCCUGUUUGCUUCUACUUUUUUAAUGUGAUUGUUUUAUUGUGAAUUGUGUUGCGAUUGUAAAUGC